CUGUGGCUUUAUUUAAUGUAUUUUGGCAGAACAAGACAGUGACAGGGCCGUGGGUGCCUGCGUGUGCUGGUGCAAGCUUGGUGCCUGCCUGGAGGUGCCUACAGGGAGGUGCCUACAGGGCCACCAAGGCUAAUAUUGAUACAAAUGUAGAGGGACGAAAUAGAGAAGCAGGAAGACCACCACCACCACCACCACCAGCAGUGUGGAAGAAAGCUGGUGAUAAAACUCUCUCUCGCUCUCCCUCACUCUCCCUCACUCUCCCACGCCACGGAAGCAGUGGAAUAAAGCACAGGAGGAGGAAAGCAAUGGCAACCCUCCGAUCCGGCAAGCAAGUUGGCGGCAGCGAUGGCGGUGGCGGCAGCAGUGGUGGUGAGGUGGACAGCAGGGACAGAGGGGCACUACAGGCUGCGGACAUCAAGGAGAAGAGGAACGCACGGACAAGCAAGGUGGUAUUCGGCAGUCUGAUCCUGGACCUGCUUGGCUUCACGGUGGUGCUGGCUCUGUUUCCUGCUCUCCUCGACUAUUAUUCCAAGCACGACUCCAGCAGCUUGUAUUCCUCUCUGCUCUCCUGUGUCACGUAUUACCAGCACAUCAUCGGCGUCCCUGCGAGGUUCCACUCUGUCUUGUUUGGUGAAAUUGAAUUGGGAUGACCUUGUUCAAAAGAAAGUACCUGCUCCCUUUGUACCAAGAAUCAGUACUGAGUUAGAUGUUAGUAAUUUUUCUGAAGAGUUCACUGCAAUGAUACCACAGGAUUCUCCAGCAAUCGUUCCUCCAGAUGUUGAGAAAAUGUUCAAUGGCUACUCCUACGUUGCUCCAUCAAUUCUCUUCACUGACAGUGUCAUCAGCGACAGCAGCAGCCUUUUCAAGAUGUCACCAGACAGAAGACCUUCCACAACCAACCUAUUAUUGGCUUGUAGCUUUAAGGUUAGUACCCACUUUCUAUUCUGCUGUUGCUGAUUUACUUGCUAAUUUUAAUUCUUCACUAUUAACUCUUUGACUGCUGCUGCUGCUGUUUGCUACAUCUUUCCUUAACCACUAAUCACUUUGAGACAUUUUUACUUGUUCUACAGCCAUCUCUAAUCUUUAAACUGGGUACAAAUUGCAAAAUCCAUUCUUUUUAAUCCCCUUCUUUCACGUAGAUGAUUAUUAUAAAGAUUUCAUGCAUUACUUCUGGUGCUGUAAAUUGGUUUGUAUCAGUGAAAGCAUUAAAACAUACUUGAAUUUUUGGUGAAUUGUCUCAGCGUGAUUUUGACAGUAAAGGUAAAUAAAUUGUCAUAGUAGUAGCAGUAGUAAUAAUAUAAGUAUGCAUGGCUGAUGUCUUCCCCUGUGAGGGAUAGAUUCAGAUUCAGAUUCAGAUUCUUUAUU